AUGUCGAUAUUGAAUGCGUACUAUUACCUGAAAUAUUAUAACUAUGGUGAAGAAGACUUAAAUAAAAAUCUAGUAGACACUUAUAAGUUUCUUUACGAAGAAUGUAAAAAAAACAGAGUAAAAACUUAUUAUGAAAAUCUGCUUGAUUCAAAACAUAAGAAAAACACCGUAUUACUCGAAUGUAUUACCAAUUUACAAAAUAUAAGAAAUCGGAUAUCAUUGGAUCUGGAAGACGCGGAAAUUUUAAAAAUGGCACAUAUGUUCUAUGGGUUAUCAGAAGAGAAUGACGUAGACCAGAUAAUGGAAAAAU